GAGCCCCUGGGGUUAAAUUCUCAUAAGAGAAAUUGUCAACUCAAGUGUCAAUGGCAGAAAACUGGACAAAUUUUCCUCACUUCCAUGACCUUCAACUUGGCAUGGGACCCUCAAGGGAAUCGCUUGCUCACUGCAACGGAUAAUUUGCAACUGUGGGCCCCUCCUGCUAAGGAUGUGUUGGAAGAAGAAGACGAGGAAGGAGAAGAUAAUCCUGACCUUGGGGUCAAAGAUGAGAAAAGCUACCCUGUUCUAAAUGAUUGGAAAUGCAUCUGGCAAUGCAGGACAGCAGUUUCUGUCUACUUGAUGGAGUGGUCACCGGAUGGCGAAUAUUUUGCAACAGCUGGGAAGGACGACUGCCUCUUAAAAGUCUGGUAUCCCAUGAUGGGUUGGAAAUCAUCGCUCCGUCCUCAAGAGGGAGACGAAACCAAAAAAACAUCUGGCUCGACCCACUUUGCGUUUGUCUACCUUUCACAUCCCCGCGCAGUGACGGGAUUUUCAUGGCGACACACUAGCAAAUUUAUGCCCAG